CAUUCAUUUUGUUGAUUUAUUCACUAAUUCUCAGGUUCCUUCUCUCCCCUUUGAAGCUUGGAGUUCAAGUUUCUACAGUUUCUGGUGCAGUUAAGAUUUUGUGAAGGCCAAGUUAUGGCCCAUGUGGAACCAAUUGUUGGUUCAGAAAGGGAUCUGAUACAGAAUAGUGCAGUUCCUGGGAAGCCCCGAAUCUUAUUAGCUGCAAGUGGAAGUGUAGCUGCAAUAAAGUUUGGGAGUCUAUGUCACUCUUUUUCUGAAUGGGCAGAAGUUAGAGCUGUUGCCACCAAGGCAUCUUUACACUUUAUUGAUAAAGCAUCACUUCCUAAGGAUGUUGUUCUUUACACUGAUGAGGAUGAAUGGUCCAGUUGGAAGAAAAUAGGAGACAAUGUGCUUCAUAUUGAGCUCCGUAGGUGGGCUGAUGUCAUGGUUAUUGCACCCGUGUCCGCAAAUACACUUGGCAAGAUUGCUGGGGGUUUAUGUGACAAUCUCUUGACAUGCAUUGUUCGAGCCUGGGACUUUGGUAAGCCGCUUUUUGUUGCACCAGCGAUGAAUACCUUUAUGUGGAACAAUCCUUUCACACAAAGGCAUCUUGAUUCAAUCAGCGAUCUUGGUAUUUCUCUGAUUCCUCCAAUCACUAAGCGAUUGGCUUGUGGGGAUUAUGGCAAUGGUGCAAUGGCUGAACCUUCUGUCAUCUAUUCUACUGUGAGGCUCUCUUUGGAAUCACUAGCACAAGCAACUGGUGGUAAUGGUCUACAUUUACCUGCGUUAUAGAUUGUCCUUGUAAUUGUAAUGAAAUAAUCA